AUGGAUGACUACGCAGAUGAAUUGAUAAAUCAAGAGGAUUGCUGGACAGUGAUUUCAUCCUUCUUUGAUGAGAAAGGAUUGGUUAGGCAGCAGAUAGAAUCAUUUGAUGAAUUCGUGCAGAACACGAUGCAGGAAAUUGUAGAUGAGAAUCAAAGGCUCACGCUUGAUCAGUUUAAUCAGUACACUCAGCAUAAGAACGAUACAACUAGAAGAUACGAAAUUGAAUUCGGUCAAAUUUAUUUAUCCAGGCCAACUAUGACUGAGGCCGAUGGCAGCGUUAGCCCUAUGUUCCCACAUGAAGCGAGACUUAGAAAUUUAACUUAUUCUGCUCCACUUUAUAUCGAUAUGAAAAAGAAGGUUCUUAUUCAAGUUGAGGACGACGAGACUGGCGAUUUGGUUUGGGUUCCCGAGUACGACGACGAAUCUGACGAGAACAUCAAAGUUUGGAUUGGUAAGGUUCCAAUCAUGCUUAAGAGUUCCUUCUGUAACUUGAGCAAUGUUGAUUCUUCACGAUUGGCUGAGUUGAACGAAUGUCCUUUCGAUCAGGGUGGUUACUUCAUCAUCAAUGGCUCUGAGAAAGUCUUGAUUGCUCAAGAAAGACUGGCUGCAAACCAUGUCUACAUCUUCGCAAAAGCUGAACCUUCUCCCGUCUCCUACCAAGCUGAAAUUAGAUCUGCUAUGGAGAAAGGUGGAAAGACCGUUUCCUCUAUGCAAAUCAAAAUGUUCAGAAGACCUCAAGGUAACGCUCAGGCUGAUACUAUGAGAGCUACUAUACCAUACAUCAAAAACGAAAUUCCUGUCAUCAUUGUCUUUAGAGCUUUGGGUAUCGUCCCUGAUAGAGAAAUCUUGGAACACAUUUGCUUCGAUUUCGACGAUAGUCAGAUGCUCGAUCUCCUCAAACCCUGUAUAGAAGAAGCAUUUGUUGUACAAGACCAGAACGUGGCAUUGGACUUUAUUGGUAGGAGAGGUACUACUACUGGUCUUUCAAAGGAUAAGCGUAUCAGAUACGCCAAGGACAUACUUCAAAAAGAGAUGUUGCCGCACGUUGCCACUAAUGAAGGCUCUGAAACUAAGAAAGCCUACUUCUUUGGUUAUAUGAUCCACAGACUCAUGUUGGCUAGAUUGGAAAGAAGAGAAUUGGAUGAUAGAGAUCAUUUUGGAAAAAAGAGAUUAGAUUUGGGUGGUCCUUUGCUUGCUAGUUUAUUCAGAAUGCUUUUCAGGAAGCUCAGCAAGGACGUUUACAGGUACAUGCAGAAGUGCGUUGAAACACAUAAGGAAUUCAAUCUCAACCAAGCUGUCAAAGCCAACACAAUCACAAAUGGUCUCAAAUAUUCCCUUGCAACUGGUAAUUGGGGUGAUCAAAAGAAGUUUAUGCAAGCAAGAGCUGGUGUCUCACAGGUUUUGAACAGAUACACCUUCGCAUCGACUCUCUCUCACUUGAGAAGAUGUAACACACCAAUUGGUAGAGACGGUAAAAUUGCUAAACCACGUCAACUUCAUAACACUCACUGGGGUAUGGUAUGUCCUGCUGAGACUCCUGAAGGUCAAGCUUGUGGUUUGGUCAAGAACCUUGCUCUUAUGGCCAACGUUUCUACUGGUGAAACAUCUGCACCAAUCCAAGACUUCUUGCAAGAGUGGGGUAUGGAAGAACUUGAAGAGUUUAACCCACGUUCAAACCAAAUCAAGGUUUUUGUUAAUGGUGUCUGGAUUGGUGUUCACAGAGACCCAACAAACCUGGUAAAGACUCUCAAAAAGCUUCGUCGCGAUAGUGACAUUCCUCACGAAGUAUCUAUCGUUAGAGAUGUUAGAGAAAAGGAGCUAAAAGUUUUCACUGAUGCGGGACGUGUUUGCAGACCGAUCUUCUUAGUUGACGAGGAAUCUCAAAAGCUGAUGAUCAAUAAGUCACACAUUGCUAAGAUUGAAGCAAACAAUCUUGGCGAAGAUGAGGAUCCAGAACAUCCAUACAAUUGGGCCAGAUUGAUGUCCGACGGUGUUAUGGAAUUGGUAGAUGCAGAGGAGGAAGAAACGCUUAUGAUCUGUAUGACGCCCGAUGAACUUGAACACUCGAGACAGGGCUUUAUUCCACAAGAUGAAGAAUUUGAUCCUGCUGCAAGAAUUAAGUCAGCAUCUACAUUAGACACUCACACAUGGACACACUGUGAGAUCCACCCAAGUAUGAUUCUCGGUAUUUGUGCAUCUAUCAUUCCAUUCCCCGAUCACAACCAGUCCCCAAGAAAUACCUAUCAAUCAGCUAUGGGUAAGCAAGCGAUGGGUGUUCACUUGACCAAUUUCCAGCAAAGAAUGGACACACUUUCAAACAUUCUUUACUAUCCACAAAAGCCACUGGCAACAACAAGAUCUAUGGAGUAUCUCAGAUUCAGAGAAUUACCUGCAGGUCAAAAUGCUAUCGUCGCCAUUCUUUGUUACUCUGGUUACAAUCAAGAAGAUUCGGUUAUUAUGAAUCAGUCGGCUAUUGAUAGAGGUUUAUUCAGAUCCAUUUUCUAUAGAAGUUACAUGGACACUGAGAAAAAAGUUGGUACUAUGAUGUUAGAGGAAUUCGAAAAACCCACAAGAGACACUACCUUAAGAAUGAAGCACGGUACAUACGACAAGAUAGAUGAUGAUGGAUUAAUCGCUCCAGGUACUCCAGUAAACGGUGAUGAUAUCAUCAUAGGCAAGACUGCUCCAAUACCAGCAGACUCAGAAGAGUUAGGCCAGCGUACAAAGUUACAUACGAAGCGCGACGUGUCUACCCCAUUGAAGUCGACAGAGGAGGGUACAGUUGAUCAAGUUCUGGUCACAACAAAUGCAGAUGGAUUGAAGUUCUCUAAAGUUAGAAUGAGAUCAACCAGAAUACCUCAGAUCGGUGAUAAAUUUGCAUCUAGGCACGGUCAAAAGGGUACAAUCGGUAUCACGUAUCGUAAUGAAGAUAUGCCAUUUACGACCGAUGGUAUCACACCAGAUUUAAUUAUAAACCCACACGCCAUUCCUUCACGUAUGACAAUUGGUCACUUGGUUGAAUGUCUAUUAUCCAAGGUAUCGACUUUACAAGGCAAUGAGGGUGAUGCAACACCAUUUACAGAUGUGACUGUUGAGUCCAUUUCAUCUAUUUUGCAAGAAAGAGGCUACCAAAAGAGAGGUUUGGAGGUUAUGUACAACGGUCACACUGGUAGAAAAUUACAAGCGCAGGUGUACAUCGGACCAACAUACUAUCAGAGACUGAAGCACAUGGUUGACGAUAAAAUUCACGCAAGAGCUCGUGGACCUGUACAAAUACUUACAAGACAGCCUGUUGAAGGUAGAUCUAGGGACGGUGGUCUUCGUUUCGGUGAGAUGGAACGUGAUUGUAUGAUUGCGCACGGUGUUGCUGCCUUCCUCAAAGAGCGUCUAUUCGAUGCAUCGGACGCUUACAGACUGCACGUCUGCGAUCUUUGCGGUAUGACAGCUAUUGCCAACCUCAAGAAGCAAACGUUUGAAUGUAGAGCAUGUAGAAACAAGACGGACAUAUCUCAAAUCCACGUGCCUUACGCAGCCAAGCUUUUAUUCCAAGAGCUGCAAUCUAUGGGUAUAUCACCAAGGUUAUAUUCUGAUGUCAGUAACUCGGGUGGUGUACGUUAA